UCAGACUUUCAAGCCGCCGAAAAUUUUAGUCCGAUCAAAGCUCCCUAUAACAUGCCGUAACAAUGAGACAUAGAAACCACACAAAUUUGCGUCUUUGCCAUUGCCAUGGUCGACUUCCCCAAAUCUCUAUCUCCGAAGCGAGUUCUGAAGCUCCUCCAAGCCGAAAAGAACCCGCACUCCGCCCUUGCUCUGCUCGACUCAGCGAGUCGCCACCCGAACUACAACCAUUCGCCCGACGUCUUCCACCACAUCCUCCGCCGCCUUCUCGACCCGAAACUUGUGGCCCACGUCGACCGGGUCGUCGAGCUGAUUCGAACCCAGAAAUGCAAGUGCCCCGAGGACGUGGUAUUGACUGUGAUCAAAGCCUAUGCGAAAAACUCAAUGCCCGAUAAAGCUUUGGCUGUGUUUCAACAAAUGGAAGAGAUUUUUGGGUGCGCGCCUGGUAUAAGGUCGUACAAUUCGCUGCUGAAUGCUUUCAUUGAGUCCAACCAGUGGGAACGAGCUGAGAAGUUUUUCGCUUAUUUUGAAACGGUGGGUUUGUCGCCGAAUUUGCAGACUUAUAAUAUUUUGAUCAAGAUUUCGUGUAAGAAGAAGCAGUUUGAGAAGGCCAAAGCGUUGCUAAGUUGGAUGUGGGAAAAGGGUUUGAAGCCUGAUGUGUUUAGUUAUGGGACUUUGAUCAACGGGCUUGCGAAAAGUGGGAACUUGUGUGAUGCUUUGGAGGUGUUUGAUGAAAUGGUUGACAGAGGGGUUAGUCCUGAUGUGAUGUGCUAUAAUAUUUUGAUUGAUGGGUUUUUCAGGAAAGGCGAUAGUGUGAAUGCUAAUGAGAUUUGGGAUAGGCUGGUAAAGGACUCAGAGGUUUAUCCUAAUGUUGUUACUUAUAAUGUUAUGAUCAAUGGUUUAUGCAAAUGUGGGAAGUUCGAUGAGAGUUUGGAGAUAUGGAAUAGGAUGAAGAAAAAUGAAAGAGGGCCUGAUUUGUUUACUUGUAGUUCUUUGAUUCAAGGUUUAUGUGAAGCAGGGAAUGUAGAUCGAGCUGAGAGAGUUUAUAAAGAGAUGGUUGGGAAAGGGGUAUCACCGGAUGUGGUUGUCUAUAAUGCAAUGCUCAAUGGGUUCUGUCGAGCUGGGAAGGUCAAAGAGUGCUUUGAGUUGUGGGAGGUGAUGGAGAAGUGCGGUUGUCAUAAUGUUGUGAGUUAUAACAUAUUCAUUAGAGGGUUGUUUGAAAACAGGAAGGUCGAAGAAGCAAUUUCUGUCUGGGAACUAAUGCAUGAGAAGGGUUGUGUUGCAGAUUCCACAACCUAUGGAGUAUUAAUCCACGGACUGUGUAAGAAUGGGUACUUGCACAAAGCUUUAUGGAUUUUAAAAGAGGCAGAAAAUACAAGAGCUGACCUGGAUGCCUUUGCUUAUUCCUCAAUGAUUAAUUGGUUAUGCAAGGAAGGGAAACUAGAUGAAGCAGCCAGGCUAGUUGGUCAGAUGGAUAAGUGUGGCUAUGAACCGAAUUCUCAUGUUUGCAAUGCAUUGAUAUAUGGGUUUAUCCGAGCCUCCAAACUUGAAGAUGCCAUUUUCUUUUUUAGGGGAAUGCGUACAAAAUUUUGCUCUCCAAAUGUUAUCUCCUACAAUACUCUCAUAAAUGGAUUAUGCAAAGCAAAAAGAUUUAGUGACGCAUAUGUGUUUGUGAGAGAAAUGCUGGAAGAAGGAUGGAAACCGGAUGUGAUCACAUAUAGCUUGUUAAUGGAUGGCCUUUGUCAAGACAGGAAGAUUGACAUGGCCCUCAACUUGUGGCAUCAAGCUCUUGUCAAGGGAUCUGAGCCUGAUGUAACUAUGCAUAACAUUAUAAUUCAUGGGCUUUGCUCUGCGGGCAAAGCUGAAGAUGCUUUGCAGCUUUAUUUUCAGAUGGGGAGUUGGAACUGUGUUCCAAAUCUUGUGACCUACAACACCUUGAUGGAGGGGUUUUACAAAAUUAGAGACUGUGAAAAGGCAUCAGAAAUUUGGGCCCGCAUUUUUAAAGACGGGCUACAACCAGAUAUCAUCUCCUAUAAUGUUACACUCAAAGGGUUUUGUUCAUGCAGCAGAAUAUCAGAUGCCAUUAGGUUUUUAGAAAAGGCUUUGCAUCUUGGAAUUCUUCCAACUUCCAUAACGUGGUACAUACUUGUUAGGGCAGUGCUCAACAAUGGGGCCACUUAGUACUCUUCUUGGGUAUAAAGUAGCAUGGAAAUAAUUCAUCCCAUGCAUUGCUUCAUCUGGUAUUGUACGAGGAGUCUCUUUUCAGAUUUUGUUUGGCAUUGGGAGACUUUAAGAUUCCAUGUGGUGACAAAAGCCACCUGUGGAACUAUGUUGCUUUGCUAGUCGGUAGAUGCUGGGAUAUCUAUUGAUAAUGAAAAUGCACAACAAAAUAUUCUUCACGCUGAACAUGCUUUUCUUUUGAAAGUGACAUAAGGUUGGAUGCCGAGUUCUUUUAUUGAUCAGGUCACUAUUUGGCAGAAGUAUGACAGUAGCGCAGCUCCUGAUGCAGGUUGGAUGCCAAGUUCUUUUAUGCAUGCUGGAUGAGACUUCAAGUCAGCAUUUGGUACAAGUGUGACUUUCACACAAUCUGUAUCAACAACCUUCCUCACCAGACUUUAAUAUGACCUGAGCAACCAAACCCACAAAAAUUGCCCCGAGAACUGCAACUUUUCUCCAAUCAGGCGUUGAAGUGAUGAAGGAGUCAACGAUUUGUAUGAGUAGCAGGCCAAUCAGUGCAACGUAAAUGUUCCUCCUGGUUUCUGAUCCUGCACUUUUUUUGAUUCCUCGAAGGCCUGCAUGCGGCUGUUUAUAUUCUCCAUAAUCUGCUAAUCACAAAUGAAUAAGAAUUGGAUUAUCAACAGAAUUGCAUAGCAAGCCCUUUUUUAAAAAAAUCUUUCAAUGCUAUUGCAUGGACUAGGAACGUAAACAGACCCUGGUACUGGCUUCAUCCAGGUCUUUGAGGGCGUCUUCUCCAAUCUUGUCAAACUCAGCGGUGGCCUCUUCUCCAAAUUUGGUAAGAUAUUCGGAUCUUUCGUCUAAGUAAUCGGUGAGACGGACUUUCUGAGCUUGAAGCAUUGCUAUCCUCACCAGCAGGUCCUGCUUGCGAGUAUCUCCUUGCGGUGGGGAAGCUUCUGACUCAGAAUCAGAAUCACUGGACUUGCUGAAGCGCAAGAUGGAAUUCUUAGCGUUGGACAGUCUUCCUGUGUGUAAAAUGUUAUGCUUGGUGGUGGUCAAAGAGGUUUGAAUGAGCUUGAGGCCAAUCAUCUUCUCUGCCUUCAGUGUUGGCUUUGAGUUUGGAUAAAGGAGAGGGAGAAAUAGAAAGAGAGAGAAGGGUAGAUAUUUUAUAUGUAACAGUUUUUAGGUCCUUCUGAGCCUCUCAUGUGGUGUUACAUUAUCCAUUAGUAUAAAUAGUUGUUUCUUACA